UCUGAUCCCUGAGCUCUGGAACUCUCAGCACCCACCAUGGCCUUCUCUAGCCGAAUGCGCCCCUAUGCUAUCCCGGAGAAUGAAGAGAUCCCCCCGACAGUUCUUAACAGUGUCCAUGAAGCUAAUGGGAAUGAAGAUGAGAGGGCUGUGUCCAAACUGCAGCGCAGGCACAGUGAUGUCAAAGUCUACAAGGAGUUUUGUGACUUUUAUGCAAAAUUCAACAUGGCCAAUGCCCUGGCCAGUGCUACUUGUGAGCGCUGCAAGGGGGGCUUUGCACCUGCUGAGAAGAUUGUGAACAGUAAUGGUGAGCUAUACCAUGAGCAGUGCUUUGUAUGUGCUCAAUGCUUCCAGCAGUUUCCGGAAGGACUCUUCUAUGAGUUUGAAGGAAGGAAGUACUGUGAACAUGAUUUUCAGAUGCUCUUUGCUCCUUGCUGCCAUCAGUGUGGUGAAUUCAUCAUUGGUCGAGUUAUCAAAGCCAUGAACAACAGCUGGCAUCCUGAGUGCUUCCGCUGUGACCUCUGCCAAGAAGUGCUGGCAGACAUUGGGUUUGUCAAGAAUGCUGGCAGACACCUAUGUCGUCCCUGUCAUAAUCGUGAGAAAGCCAGAGGCCUUGGAAAAUACAUCUGCCAGAAAUGCCAUGCGAUCAUUGAAGAGCAGCCUCUCAUCUUCAAGAAUGACCCCUACCACCCAGACCACUUCAACUGUGCCAACUGCGGGAAGGAGCUGACGGCUGAUGCCCGAGAGCUGAAAGGGGAGUUGUACUGCUUGCCAUGCCACGAUAAGAUGGGAGUUCCCAUUUGUGGAGCCUGCAGGCGACCCAUUGAAGGACGUGUGGUAAAUGCCAUGGGUAAGCAGUGGCAUGUGGAGCAUUUUGUUUGUGCCAAGUGUGAAAAACCAUUUCUUGGACAUCGUCAUUAUGAGAGGAAAGGCCUGGCUUAUUGUGAAACCCACUACAACCAGCUAUUUGGUGAUGUUUGUUUCCACUGCAACCGUGUCAUAGAGGGUGAUGUUGUCUCUGCCCUCAACAAGGCCUGGUGUGUGAGCUGCUUUGCCUGUUCCACCUGCAACACCAAACUAACACUCAAGAAUAAAUUUGUGGAGUUUGACAUGAAGCCAGUCUGUAAGAAGUGUUAUGAGAAAUUUCCAUUGGAGCUGAAGAAAAGACUUAAGAAACUAGCUGAGACCUUAGGAAGGAAAUAAUGUAACUUUUAUUUGUGUUCUAUGCAAAAAUAAUAGAUAAUCGAUAUUACUUGACUUGAUCCACCUGUAUUUAAAGCUGUAUCUCUAAGCGAUUGAGAGGGAAGAAUGGUUUUCUUCAUCUCAUUAAACAGAAAAAAAUGUAUAAUCAUAUUUAAAACACAGAUGAAAUCAAGACUUGCCUUUGUUUCCCAAUAUCAAUGUAGACUAUAUAGAAAAAGUAUGAUUAAAUGUUGAAUUUUAAUUUCACCCCUAAAAUGAAGUAUAUAACUUUUCAAAAUUAAAGAGUCACUUGUGUAUGACUCAGAUUUAAAAACAAAAAAUAAGAUUAUUUUACUUUAUUCAAAAGAAAAUUACCUCCCAGUGCUCUUAGAGAUGAUAUAAGGAAGAAAACUAAUCAAAUCAUGCAUAAUCUUAGUAUGUCUAUCAAAUUAAUAGUUAUAAAAUGCAUAUACACAUUGCUAGGACAAGAAACAAGUAUAUUCAGAACUAUUUUAUAUUGUGUUAAAUGCAAUAAUUAUUUUGCUUAGUUUUUAUUUUGUUCUCCUUGUAAACUUCUUUCUUUGCACAAUUACUUGUAACACAGUAAUUGUAACUAGCAAGUGUAUCUUUUAAAUUUCCAUGCAAAAACAUACCAAGUAGGGUCUGGGAAGGUGGCUCAGUGGUAGAGUGCUUGCCUUGCAUGAAUGAGACCCUGGGUUUG